AAUCUAUGACAGUGGACUGAUGAAUCACGUUUUCCCCUUAGAUUAUUUUUUCUGAUGCAACUUUAUUUUAUGUAUUUAGUUGUAUGAAGUGAAGCGUUAGGCGAAAUGUCAAAACGUGUGCAACCCCCGUGGUCGCCCCCGGAAGCCACACGUGGCCCGAUUUUAAAAGUUUUCAAUAGUCUGACGCGACAAAAGGAGCCGUUUGUGCCCAUUUCUGGUAAAAAAGUGACUUGGUAUAGCUGCGGGCCCACGGUUUACGACGCCUCCCAUAUGGGCCAUGCGAGGUCAUACAUAACUUUUGAUAUUUUGAGGCGAGUCCUUGCGGAUUAUUUCGGCUACGAUGUCUUUUUCGUGAUGAAUAUAACAGACAUCGAUGAUAAGAUAAUCAAACGAGCGCGCCAGAAUUAUUUAUUUGAGAAAUACGUAGCUGAAGAGCGGACGUUGGAAGUGGUUUUAAGUGACGCGAAAUUGGUUUUAGAUAAAUUGUCUGAAACGACACAGAAUGCCAUAGAUCCCGAUAAGAAACAGAUGUAUGAGAAAUUACUUACAAAUUUAUCGACGUCGAUUGAAGAGCUAGAAACGGCGGUGAAGAGUGGCGACAACGCAAAAAUCGAACAAGCCAAGACCAACUACGUUUACAAAAGCAAGGACCCCCUUUCGGAUUGGUUGGACACGAAAUUUGGGGCCACUGUCACCGAUAACAAAAUUUUCGCGUCGUUGCCACAACACUGGGAACAAGAAUUCCACAAAGACAUGGAAGCGUUAAACAUACUUAAACCCCACGUACUUACCCGCGUUAGUGAAUAUAUCCCGGAAAUAGUAGCCUAUAUUAAAAGAAUAAUCACCAAUGGCUUUGGCUACGAAGCUAAUGGUUCGGUGUACUUCGACGUAGCCGCUUUCGAUAAACAAGACAAACACUACUACGCCAAACUAGUUCCAGAAGCAUACGGCGACACUAACAGUCUCCAAGAGGGCGAAGGCGACUUGACCACAAUCGACCAACAUAACGAAAAACAUUCCCCCAACGACUUCGCCUUGUGGAAAAAAAGUAAACCAGGAGAGCCUGCGUGGGAUUCCCCGUGGGGCAAAGGCCGACCUGGUUGGCACAUAGAAUGUUCCGCUAUGGCGUCAACAAUUUUCGGGGACACCCUAGAUAUUCACACAGGCGGUGUAGAUUUGAAAUUUCCGCACCAUGAUAACGAAAUUGCCCAAAGUGAGGCACACUUUGGGGCCGCUGAAUGGGUCAAGUAUUUUUUGCAUUCAGGUCAUUUGACCAUAGCCGGGUGCAAAAUGUCCAAGUCUUUGAAAAAUUUCGUUAGUAUACAGGAUGCGCUUUCUCAAUAUACUGCCAGACAGUUGAGGUUUGCGUUUUUGUUACAUUCUUGGAGAGACACUUUGGACUAUAGUCAAAAUACGAUGGAGGUGGCGCUGCAGUACGAAAAAAUUUUUAAUGAAUUUUUCUUGAACGUGAAAGAUUUGACAAGGGGGUUGUUGAAAAAGCCGAUUUUGGUUGAGCAUUAUGUUAAAUGGCAACGGCACGAGAUGGAUUUGAACACGAGUUUUCUCAAGACGCAGGAAAAUGUGCAUGCGGCUCUCUGUGACAAUAUUGAUACCAGGACUAGUUUAGAAUCAUUGAGGGAUUUAGUAACCGCUAGUAAUUUAUACAUAAGGGACAAAAAGCCCCCCAAUGGUUUCCUUUUGCACGACAUAGCUGUCUACAUAACAAAAAUUUUAUCAAUUUUUGGCGCCAUCCACGAACCGGGCAAACUCGGAUUUCCAGUGUCAACUGGCAACGAAAAUAAUAACGAGAACACCAUUCUUCCGUAUUUGGAAAUCCUGGCGGAUUUCCGCGACAAAGUCCGAACCACCGCACGAUCCAUCAAGGCCACCGAAAUCCUCCAAGAAUGUGAUAAACUCCGUGACGACACUCUACCGAACGUCGGUGUUAGGUUAGAGGAUCGUGAGGGCGCCCCCAGUGCUGUGAAAGUGGUAGGUCGUGAGGAGCUACUCAAGGAGAGGGAAACCAAAAGGUUGCAAGAUUUAGAAAAGGCGAAAGAGAAAGAGCGGAAGAAGGCGGCGUUGGCGGCGGCACAGGAAGCGAAGGAGGCGCAGAGGAAAAUACCGCCAGGCGAGAUGUUCAAGCUUGAGAAGGAUAAAUAUUCCAAGUUUGAUGAUAAUGGGAUUCCCACGCACGAUGUCGAAGGGAAGGAGAUUAGUAAAGGGCAGUUGAAGAAGUUGCAGAAGUUGCACCAAGUUCAGGAGAAGAAAUAUCAGGAAUAUUUGGCGUCGCGGGCUUAACAAGACGUUUAACUAAAUUUGUAAUUUAUUUUGUAAUGAAGUACUAGUGAAAUUUUUUAUUUGUUACUCUUUUUUAAGUAUUUUAAUAUUUAUUGUAAUACAUAUUGUAAUUGAUAAGAAAUAAAUAUUUGGAUCCAUA